AUGCUUUGUGCGCGCGACGACGCGGAGAACAAGAAGCAGAAGAAUACGUUCUUCCGGUUGUCCUUUGGCGACGGCAGCCGGGAAAAGAACGGGAAACAAAGCGAUUCUAUCAACAACGCGCCAUUGUCCGCCGACGGCCUAGGUAUCCCACAGUCCAGCCCGCCGCCCGCCGUGAGCUUCGCCACCACCACCACCACCACCGCAACCACCACCCACACCGCCACCGUGACCGUCCCCCCGCCGCUCCGCAGCGCAGAACCCUCGUUCGCGGACCCAGACCUGCUCGCCGCCGUCAUCCUCGCGCGCAGCAACGCCGUGCGCGCGUACCACGGGGCGGCAGCGCUGCGCUGGAACGCGACGCUGGCGGCCUUUUCUCUCGCGCACGUGUGGUCCUCCUCGGCCACCGACGCGGACUCGUGUGCGAUGGCGCGCGCGGAGGGCCCGCCGUACGGCGAGAUCCUGGCGCUGGGGUGCGGCGGCGCGGCGGCGUGCGUGGCGCUGUGGGCGGCCGAGGCCGCGCGCUACGACUACGCCGCGCCCGGCUCCGCGCCCGCUGAUACCGGCCACUUCUCCCAGCUCGUCUGGGCCGCCUCCACCGACGUCGGCUGCGCCGCCCGCCUCUGCCCCCGCCAGCGCGCCUGGUACCUCGCCUGCCACUACUGGCCCCCCGGCAACGUCCUCGGCGCCUUCGCCGAGCAGGUCGGCACCCCGCUCCUGGCUGUCGCCGCUGGGACGCCGCGAGCGUCGGGCGGAGGCGCCGCGGGCGUGGUUGCGGUCGUGGUGGUCGCGGUCGCGGUCGUGGUGUGGGGUGCUGUUGUGUAGGUUGCCCCCGGAGGGGAGGGAGAGGAGAGGGGAAGGGGAAAGGGGGGGAGGACGAGGCGUUAGCGCUGGAUAUGGAGAAACGGGAAAUGAUAUAUGAUAUUUGAUACUAGGAGUUAAAAACUAGGAUGGCGUUAUAAGAGGUGUUCUGAACGCGAAGGAACACCAGUUUGUAUAGGUAUAUCUACCUAUUGUCAGCGGAGCAUACUUCACCUAGAGAGGCGGAUGAUUAACGCGUGUCUGUAGGUAUAUAGCGAUAGGGAAAAGUAUGAUCCCGUCGAAACGACCACAUUUCUCUGCGUGCUUCGAGUCCUAGAUGAUGACCUCAGUGACAGCAAACGGAUACGGCAUCUUCACGAUCAAAUUCAACCCUAUAAACGGACGCAGGAGCAUCAACUUUUCUCUUCACAUCUGACGCCUGGCUCCCAACCCCUUCUCACCUGCUCCGCC